AUGACUUCUGACACCGAACAAACAUUGGAUACGCUAGAUGCAGCUAGUUUAGUCCCGCCGGAGCGUGCGAAAACCCCUCUUUUCAAAGCAAAGCAAAUAACACCUGGAUCGAAGGUUUUCGUGCUCAAGGAUGAUACCUACAGAUUGGCAGACAUUUUAGCGUUUCAGUUGAAGAAGGGCAAACCUAAAUAUUACGUGCAUUAUGUCGAGUUCAACAAAAGGUUGGAUGAAUGGAUCGGUGAGGAAGUUAUCGACUUUCAUAGACCGUUACUUUUACCCAAGGAACCGUCACAAAAGAAGGACACAAAGAAACAAAAAAAGAGGAGUUCAUCAUCCAAUCAGAAAGAAAAAAGUGGGACUCCAGAUGUUGACAAGAAAUUGAGUGUUCAGUCUGAGAAUAAGUUAGAAGAUGAUGAAAUGGAUCUAGACAACUUAAAUGUCCAAGGUUUGGUCAAAGAAGGCGAAGAGUUAACACGUGAAGAGGAGAUUAAGAAAUUGAGAACAAGUGGCUCGAUGACACAGAAUAACGUGCAUGCAUUGGCUAAAAUCAGAAACUUUACCAAAGUCAUCAUAGGAAAUCACGAAGUUGAGCCAUGGUAUUUUUCUCCAUACCCACAAGAGUUCACAGAGGAGGAGCAGUUAUACAUAUGUGACUUUUCGUUAAACUACUUUGCGUCAAAGAAGCAAUUUGAAAGGUUCAGAUCAAAGUGUACAUUACAACAUCCACCGGGUAAUGAAAUAUAUCGUGAUGACUAUGUUUCAUUUUUUGAAAUUGAUGGACGAAAUCAGAGAACGUGGUGUAGAAACCUUUGUUUACUAUCGAAAUUAUUUUUGGACCAUAAGACUUUGUAUUAUGAUGUCGACCCAUUUCUGUUUUAUUGUAUGACAAGAAGAGAUGAAUAUGGCCACCAUCUGGUUGGCUAUUUCUCCAAAGAAAAAGAAUCUGCUGAUGGUUACAAUGUUGCUUGUAUCUUAACAUUACCACAAUAUCAAAGACACGGUUAUGGUAAAUUACUCAUACAAUUUUCCUAUGAGUUAUCCAAAAAGGAAGGGAAAGUGGGAUCCCCAGAGAAACCCUUAUCCGACUUGGGUUUACUAUCUUAUCGUGCAUUUUGGGCAGAAACAAUUGCUGCAUUACUAAUAGAUCAAAAACCAUCCGAAAUAUCAGUUGAAGAAAUAUCACAGCAAACUGCAAUGACAACCACGGAUAUCUUACAUACACUACAAACUAUGAACAUGCUUCGAUAUUAUAAAGGACAGCACAUUAUUUGUAUAACUGAUCAAGUGCAACAAGCUCAUGAGAAGCUAAAAAAGAAAAAGAAACACAAAUUAGAUCCGAAGAAAUUACAAUGGAAACCACCUGUUUUCAGUGCUGCGCAAUUAAGGUUCGGUUGGUGA